CAUUUCCUCUCCUCUCUUCUCUUCUCUCGACCCGACGCGAUAACGUGUGAGGAGAAAAUUUCUCUCUUUUUUUUGUAAAAAAUUUGGUUUUUUUGGAAGGGAAAAGAAAAGGGUUUGAUUUUUGGGCGCCUCGUCGGCGGCAGCGGUGAGGAUGGAGGUGGGGGCGAUGGAGACGGCGGCGGCGGCGAUGCUGGAGGCCGGGGUGGGGAGGUUCUUCCGGGGGCCGAGCGUGGCGGCGCUGCUGGCGGAGAUGUGGGCGCCGCUGGCCGUCGCGCUCGCAGCGCUGGCCACGCUGCCCAGCUUGCUCCGGCGGCUGCAGGUGCUCAUCCUCCGCCUCCGCUCUCGCGGCAAGGAGGUCAUCUCCUCCCACAUCUCCACGUACUACUCGUCUGGGGAUGACUCCGACUCGGACGGCAGCGAUGACGAGGAGGAGGAGGAGGAGAAGGAUGAGGAGGCGAGCUCCUCCGGCGAGGAGGACUGGAGCGGCAGCAGAAGCAGGAGGAUCGGGUACUACGAGGUCGCCGCGGACGACGAGGACGAGGACGGCUGCUUCCCGUGGGGCGGCGCCGUGGUGCGCACCUGGCAGGGCCUGCCCCGCCGCCUCUCCGGCGGCGCGAGGCUGCUCGCGCCGGGAAGCUCCUCCUCCCCCUCCUCCUCCUCCGCGGCCAUCCGCCUCUGGGGCUCCAUCACCGCGAGCGGCGGGGGCGACGCGUCCGACGGCGGCGAGGCGUGGUGGGACGCCGAUGAAGGCGGCCGCUCCCCGGCCGCGGAGGCGCAGCCGGUGGUCAUCGGCUGGCGCCACGACCACGCCGUCCGGCACCACCACCGCCGCCGCCGCCUCGCCGGCGUUCCAACCUGAGACGGCGCCGCGUCCGCACGCGGCGGUGGGUGCAGGUGUGAACACGACGAUUCCCUAGCCUGCCAGGUGGGCCCCGCCUGUCAGGGGGAGGAGGACCAAAUAAGGUGAAUGCCAUUUUAGGGUUUGGUGGUGAUGGGGAUUUGGUUGGUUGAUUACUUCUAGUGGGGGUUGGGAUUAUUUGUUAAUCUGCACAAUUAGAAAACAAAUUAAUCAAAUGAUUAAAAGAAAAGAUUGGAGGAGGUAGGAAGGGGGGCAUAUGCUUAGCUGUUGAUCUGCAGCAGAAUUCAGAGGAGAUGUUGGAUUUCA